UGUACAUAAAAGAAAAAUAUACUUGAUCACAAUAAACAUCACAGACUGUCGUGAAAAUAAAAUGUUAUACCAAGUUUACUUUUUUUACUUUUUUUUGGAUUAUAAUCACAGUGCUGCAUUUAAAUGGAAACAUAUAGUUGUACACACACGGUUUUGUGCAAAAACUCACUACAACAACUGACAACUUGACACAAAUUUAUAUCAUUUGAAAGUUACAGAUAAGCGUGCUUGUUCAAACAUAUUCACAGUCACAAUGUAAACUUUGUACUUCAGUGUAUGGCCAAACUGGCUACUUUAUUGGAUCACUUAGAUGUUGGAGUACAUUAUGGCUGUCUUCAGUCUUAAAGUGUUGUUGGUUAUAGGAGUCCUCGUUGGCUUUGCCGCAUUUUAUGCUCGACCAGUGUACCCAAAAGAAGUCAGUAACCGCGGGUUGAAGACUAUCGUUAAUUUUACCUUCAAGUUCAUUGGUGCUAUGAGUGCUAUGAGUGGAUACCUUGGAUUUUCACCUCUGAAUACUACCAGAGCAAUGAUGAAUGCCAUGAAAGCAAUGGAUGUAAAAUCACCUAAAGUUGAGAGACACAUGACAACAAUGGACGGCGUGGAGGUGAUAAUUUUCAAGCCAGCUGGACAGACAGAAGGCCUUCGACCUGGAAUAAUUCAUAUUCAUGGCGGAGGAUGGGUUCUCAUGACAGCAGAACUUUAUGGCAAAUUUACAGAAGCCGUUGUUGAAGAGACUGGAAGUAUUAUUGCCUCAGUUAAUUACAGAUUAGCUCCGGAGUAUGUUUACCCUAUCCCACUUGAAGACUGUUUAACUGCAGCCAGAUACUUUUUAAGACAUGCCAAAGAGUAUGGAGUGGAUGAAAACCUUAUUGGCAUAAAAGGUGACAGUGCAGGUGGCAAUUUAGCAAUGGCGGUUGCUCUCAAAUUAUCCAAAGAAAAAGACUUACCUGGUUUGAAAUUCAUGUCCUUAGAUUACCCGGCAUUACAGGCGUUUGACUUUAAACUGCCAUGCUACAAGAAACACGAAAAUGGACCAGGUUUGUUAACGAAGCAGGCUAUGGUUUCGUAUUGGCUUCUGUAUGCAUUUGGAAAUCUCGACAAUUACGAUAUUUUCUACAACAACAAACAUCUAACUACUGAGUUGCAGAAUUCUGUAUACAGAUCUUACAUCGACAAAACGUUUAUUCCAACAAGUAUUGCGGGUAUUGAUCAUGAUAUAACAGAAGAAACUGCGGGUGGUAAAGACAAUGCAAAUGUACAAAUACCACAAGAAAUGAUCAAGAUUAUAACAGAUCCCCUCUAUGCACCGUUAAUGGCGUCCGAUGAAGACCUAAGUGUCCUUCCAACCGCUUAUAUUUUUAAUGUUGAAUUUGACGUGCUAAGAGAUGACGGAUUAAUCGUCGCUGAACGACUUAAACGUGCGGGUGUUAAAGUUACUACGCGCUUUAUGUCCUUUGAAGAACAUGGAUAUCUUAACUUUGUGUCUCAAGAUAAGAGUGUUAGGCAGGAAAUUAUACGAUUUGCUAAAUUCUUUAACGAGACUUUAAAUUUAUAAUUAGCCUUUUAGAAUUUUAUGUUAUAGAAGAUCGGGAAACGAAUAGUCCGCUUUAAUAGCUUACAUAUAGAGAGCGGGACGAUAAAUUAGAGGCAUCGAGGAGUUUCCUUAUUGUUUCUGUUAUCGUUAAUAAGAAAGCAGAUAAAUCCAAUAUGAUAGUUAUAAUGGACAAAUUGACUUUAUUUAAGAAGUGGAACGCCAAUUGAAUAACAAUAAAUAUAACUCGAAAUGAGACAGUAACCCAUUACAGGAAAUAAAACUUAAUAUUCAAAACUGUAUAAACUAGAUAUCUGAAAUAAACAGUAAUAUAAAUACUGUUAAUAUAAUUGACAUUUUUCCAGACAACAUAAGAACGCCCCAAUUUAAUAUAUAUCUUACCCAAAAUUCAUAAAGAUUAUAAUGAAAAUCUACUCGUAGAAUAUCCAGGCAGACCAAUUGUUUCUGCAUGCAACAUAUACAGAUAAUAUUUCAAAAACCUUGACUUUAUAUUUUAACCAUAUAUGAAAUCAUUACCGUCUUAUGCGAAAGAUACCUCUGAUUUUUUACGUUCAUUAAAAUUUUUACCAAAUCUUUCAAAAAGAUUCAGUACUUGUUACUUAGGAUGUAACUUAACUGUAUACAGUUAUACCACAUGAAGAUGGGAUAGCUGCUUGUAACUAUACUUCCUUGAUAAUGACAAAUGUGGUAGUCAAUUAUCAACGGAGGAAAUAAAUAUGCACUCUUCUUAAAUUGACACUGAAAAUAAUUUUCAGUUUAAUAAUGAAACUUAUUUACAAGUUUUAGGUACCGCUAUGGGUAGUUCUAUGGCCCCUACAUACGCCUCGCUAUUUAUGGGCAAAUUGGAAUCUGAUUUUUAAACAGUUAUGAUCUUAAACCUACGACUUUGCUCCGCUUUCUAGAUGAUAUAGUUAUGAUAUGGGAUCUUUCUGUAAGUGCUUUACACGAUUCCAUAAACAAAUUAAAUACACGCCACCCUACAAUUAAAUUUACAUACAACAUAUCGAAAAUAAAUGUGUCAUUUCUGGAUGUUAAAAUUCUUAAAAAUGAAAAUUGACAUUAUCAACGGAAACUCAUAUAGAAUCUACAGAUAUCCAUCAAUAGCUUGAGUAUAACUCAUGCCACCCUUAUGAAUGUAAAAAAGGUAUACCAUAGAGCCAAGGUAAACGUUACAGAUGAUGAUGAAUUUCAUGAAUCUCUUAUUCAUUUAGAAUCCUUUUUCAAUAACAGAAAUUAUCCUACUAGCAAGCUAAAAUUUGCUUUGUACAAAAGUGAAAACCAAAGAAGAAGCCCUGGAAAAAAACGGAAAUAACACAGAGCAGCACACAGUCAUACCGUUUGUUACCCCAUAUAAUCCGUCUCUUCCCCAUCUUGGUCUUAUAAUAAAUAAAUACUGGGAUCAUUUAAAGUUGUCAGAAAAUGACAUCGUGAAAAAUUUACUUAAUCAUAAAACAACCGUCCUAAAAAUCUUCAAUAUUCCCUCACCCAUUCAACUCUAAAUAAACGAAAUGUGAACGUAAAACUAAUAGAUGUUAUAGAAAGAGAUGUACUUGUACUCUCUGUAAAAUAUUGAAGACUAGUACAAAUACGGGAGAAACAUUCGGAAUGCAUUUCAAUUAGUGACGUGAUUUAUUUAAUUACUUGUAAAAAAUGUAAAAACAAUAUGUCGACCAGACUCAUCAACAGGUCUCAAAAAGAAUGAUCAGUGAUAAAUUUGAUAUAAGAAAUAAUUGUCAUUCCAAUUUUUCUUCUGAUGUUGCAAUUCAUGACAACCCCGUAGAUCAUUCACUUGAUGACUUUUCCUUCAUGCCGAUUGAUAAAGUUCACGGUAAUAUGUGAAAACGUUUGAAAGAGGCAUAUUGGAUCCAUAAAUGAGAAACAAUUUGUCCGAAGGAUUUAUUAUAAAUCGUAAAAUCUUAUUUCAAAUAUUUAUACUUGCAUCUUUUUACAAACUUAUCAAUUAAUAUCUUUUUCAGUACAGAUCGGCUUAAAAGACUGUUCUAUUUUAGUAGUCAUUUACUGUAUCUAGAAAUGUUUAUUAAUUUAUUUUAAUCUUUACAAAUACAUUAUUUAUGUCAAUGAUAUAAUUAUUUAAUUAUCCCCUUUAUUCACGAAUGUGGUGGUGUUGGUAGUUUUCACUCACGGCAGUAAGCCACAUUGAAUUCACCAGCCACCGCAUCGUUCCUGUGCAGGCUGUCAAGCAGUUUACAAGUACUAGAUGCCUUCACUUUCGCAAGGAACUUAUUUUUUUAUAUUUACAAUUAUAUAAUAUAUUAUGCAUAAUGUAGUCUUAUGGUUAUUGAUUUUUUUCAAUAACAGAUUUAUUUUGAUCAUAAUGCCAUAACUUGAAUAGAUAAUAAAUAGAUGAUUUUCAUUUUAUUUUAAAAGCUUUACAAGAUAUACUGAAUGAUAGCGAUAUUUCUAAAUUAUUAUCUCUCUUUUUACAAUUAAUUUUUUUUUUCGAAAUUAUAAACUUUCAUAUAAGUAACAAUUAUUUUCAGACUUGUUGAAUUUAUUUACUAGCUUAGUUUCUCUAUGAAAAUGUAUGUAUAUCUUUUGAUCCAGUUAUUUUAAUGCAAUUAUUUUCGAAAAUUAUAUAUGCUAUUUAAAAUAAUUACGUCUCGAGCUAUAUACAUAUGGACAUGUUUUGUUUGUGUAAAACAGUAAUAGACGUUUUAUUUUAUUCUAACAUUAUAACGUUUUUUAACUCGCCAAUUGUGGCGUCUAUUAAUGUAGACAUCCUUUUGGCACGGUUCCUUUGAUGUGUAUCAACUGACGAGGCCAAUAAAGCAAAACAUGUAUUGAUAUUUAAAAUUUUGUUGGUUUUAUAUCUAUUUGUCCUAUAUGUUAUCGACUUUAAAUACUAGUGCAACAGUCAUUAAAAUUUUACAGUUGAUUAAUGCCAACCAAAUAUUGUUUGAAUUUUUGUUUGCUUGUUUUACAUGUAUUUUUU